AGUGUAACACAAGACUGGUUUAUUUUAGACAUCACCAUGAGUUUGAGUACAGAGGUAGAAGAGCUAUUGCAUACACCAUUGACAUUUUUAGCAGAAGAUGAACUACAAGAAGCAUUUACCAUAGUCACAACUUUAUUGGAGGUGUUUCCAGAAGAAAAGAACAGAUUCAAGUCCACUCUUGAAGGCAUUCUAGCCACGUGGGGGAGACUUCUUGAACGCAGUGGUCAAUUUGAUAAGCUGUUUGCGUGUUAUCACAAAGCAUUGAUUGUUUUCUGUGACCAUGAAGGAAUUCUUUCAAACCUCGGAGCUCACUUACUGAGAGCUGGCUACAUGGAAAAAGCUUCAGAGUAUUUUCAUGAAUCUCUUAAGGUCAAUAGUAACUAUCUUCCUGCACAACGAAACCUUGAAACAGUACGCAGUUACAUGGUUGAAAGGUGGCAUUUUCGAAUGUUAAAUGAUAACAUUAGAAAUAAUGGUUUUAGAGAAGCUAUAAUUAAGAAGAUUAAAAAAGGAUUUGAUUGUGUUCUUGAUAUAGGAACAGGAACCGGAAUACUCAGUUUGUUUGCAAUUGAGGCUGGAGCACAAAAUGUGUAUGCAUGUGAUAGCAAUGAAACUAUGAUAAAUAUUUCAAGACAGGUUUUUGAGAGAAAUAAUGCUAUUGACAAAGUUAAAAUAAUACAUAAAUUGUCAAAUGAUAUUAAAAUACCAGAUAACAUACCUGAAAGGUCAAUCUUCAUUCAAGAUGGGGGAAAUGGACUUCCUAAGAGGGAUAAUAUGCUGCAAUUAACUUUGAGCCGUAUGGAAGAAAGUAACCUUUCAACCAUCGGGCUGACAGAAGGUGACUCGACGACCAAGAAAGAAGAGACUGGUCGCCGUAACUGUAAAGAGCAUGCUGACAAUGACAAACUUCGAGCCACCGCCAAGAAUGUGGUCUCUCGGCCAUUCGGAUGGAAGAAGGUAAACUUCGGGAGACAACUGUACAAUGAUUCAGGCUAUUCUGUCUUGAUAGUUUCAUUAGUUGUCACAGAAACAAUGGACAUUGGUCUCCUUGGAGAAAAUAUUUUGCAGACUUUAAUUCAUGCAUGGGAUUCAUUAUUGCUACCAUGCUCUGAUGAAGCAAAAAGGUGCUUAUCUGAUGUCAAGACAGGGUGUGUGAUACCUCAUUCAGCUGAUGUCUGGGUUGCUGUUGUUGAAUGCCCUUACAUUGGUUUAAAACAUAGAGUUCUGCAUUACGCAGAUCAGGAGAUGGCAGAAAACGUACCUCAUCCUGAACAAAAGUAUGAUUUUGAUUGUCAUGAUUUUAUUAAACUGAACCUUUUUACAUCUGAUGGAUGUGAUUAUGAUAGUAUGGAAUUGGGAAGUCUGCCCCAAGGAUAUAGGUUUCUGACUGAACCGUGUAAAGUCAUGGAAGUAAAUUUUAAUGAUCGUAAUGGAAUGGAGCAGUUAUUAAAAGGCGAAUCUGGAAAGAAUGAAAUAAAGUUCAUAUGCAAUGUGGAAGGGCAGGCUGAUGCUGUUGUAUUAUGGUUUGAUUUGAAAUUGGAUGAAGAUAUUGAACUGACUUCAUCUCCCAUGGAUGCCAUUAAUCGUGCAAAAUGCUGGGACCAAGCCAUCUUUCCAUUGCAGAUUCCUAUUCGCGUCAAAGAACUUCAAAGCCUUAGCAUGAAUGUUAACUGUGGAGGAGGAAGGAUAUCAAUAAAAUUAUAUUCAUUUAAUGAAACAAAUGACAAAAGUGAAACUUCUUGUUCAGAUUCUAAUUCAACUUUGCUUCAUAAAGAAGUAGAUCAUUCAAUAUUUGUUAAGACUAACAGUGUACCUGAUUCUAUAAAAUCCAUAAAAAAUUAUCCAGUUUCCAAAGAGAUCAUUAGUUUCUUAAAUGAUAAAUGUUGGAUUAACUCUCUAAAUGAAAUGUUACAUAUAUUUUUGCAGUCUGAUAUUGCUAGGAAUUGCACAGACAUUCUUGAUAUUUCUCCCUUUCCAUUGUUUGGAUUAGCAUUUCUUAAAAAUAGGCAGCAGUUAUAUGGGAUUUGUCCUGUAACUCUGACGUGUGUAGCAAAUGAAGAACAGGAUGUAACAGCCAUAAUGUCAACAGCUGAAGCAAAUAAUAUUAGUCGUGACAACUUGCAUAUAGUACAUGGUGAAAUAGAUGAUAUUUUGAGCCCAUCUCCCAAAUUUGACUUGAUUCUUUUAACUCCAGUUGAAACUACAGGAAAACUACAUGAAAAGAAUAUCACCUACCUUCCAUUUUUUAAUCUGAUCAAGAAACCUUCAGGUGUAGUUGUGCCAAUUGAAAUAAAAAUAUGUUCACAACUAAUAUAUUCUCAGUGGUUAAGUGAAGUUUCUUUUGUUCAGAGUAAUGAUAGAGUAUGUGGCUAUGAUGUUGCUCCACUUAUAAAUGAAUACAAGAUAUCAGAGCAUCUGGACUUCACUCUUUCAACCCUUAAGAGUGAUAUUUACUCUGAGGUAAUGGAAACACCAGCAGUAACAACAGAGGAGCUUAUGUCAAAUCUUGUUGAGCCUUGGACCUGUGAACUCAUUGUUACCAUUAAAAGAGAUGGUGUUAUUAAUGCUCUUCCAUACUGGUUUAAAAUAAAACUCUUUCAUGGUAUGUCAGAAGUAACAACAUAUUCUCCAACUUCCUUUGCUAAUCAAGCAACAAUAUUAUUUGAACCUCACAUAGAAGUUAAAACUGGAGACACCAUGCGUGUUGCAUUCACUUGCCAUCAAGGAUUAAUGAAUGCAGUUAUCACAAAAGUCGACUAAAAUAUCAUAAAGUGCAUAGUAAAAAGCACAAAAAUGCACAAGCAUGCACAAAAAUUUUGAUUGGCAGUUGUCACCAUUGACUGCCAGGGAGACAAAUUUUCCUACAUCAACCAAAGUGGUCACCAUUUGUUGGUGUCAGUUACAUUUGAUGCAAUUCGAGCGCAUUUGCAUCACAUGCAUGGGGCACCAAUGACCAUUCAGUGAUCACAGCAUAGUCCCAAGAAGCCACGCGUUUGGAUGGAGAGUUUCUCAAUGUUCAUAGCCCAGAGAUAGGGAGGGCACCCCCCUCAGAGUAAUUUUCUAAGUGAGGCAUCAAUGUGCGUUGAAAUGAACCAAUGUAGACAACUUUUCAGUUUUUCUUUGUAAAUUCUUCCCGUUGUUUUCUAGUUUAAAAUAAUCUAUAAGUCUGUUGUCUUUAUCUAGAUUUACUAGGAAUCUUGUCCUCGUACUUAUGGAAGAGGAAAGGUAAUGCAGUGUUCUCUAAUCCAAACCUCGUGGGGAAAUUUAAUAAAUCUAGAUGAUCCAAAAUUGAAUUAACAAGCAAUUGUUUUUGUUUUAAAAAAAAAAGUUAAAUAUGUUGCAUGAAGCACUUGCUAUCUCCCAUUGCCUAGUUCCCAUCUUGUCAUUCCAAUCUUACUUUCUGAAUCUUUUGUUUUCCACUCGCUCUCCAAUUCCUAAAUCUUUUUCCUUUAUUGAACAGGUUCGUUUGCAUUUUGGCUUCCUCUUUUUGGACCACCAGAACAUUUAAUUUCAUUUUUGUAUCUAUUGAUGCAGAUUUUCCAGUGUCUGCCAGGUUGUUUCAGAUGCAAAAACACAUCCAUAAUAAAAAGAACAUUAGAAUCAUUAGCUUUUGAAAAUAUGAUGCCAAAUAAUUCAGUAAUGGUGUGUAUGAAUUUGUGGAAAAUUGUCAUGAUUUGAUUGACAUGAAAACGUCUCAAUUUUGAAAUCAUUUGUUGGGUAUCAUUUGAAGAUCAAAUUUUGAAGAAUAAAUUGUAGCAAGAAAUAACAAUGAACCUCAAUAGAGUUGUAGGACAAAAAAUUGCAAUUUUUGAAAAUAUAUGUACCAAUACCAUAUUUGUAAGUGAACUGUGUGCUAUUUGAUCAACAAAUUUAUAGCAAAAAAUUGGAAUCAUUGAAGCAAAUGUUGAAAAUGGUCAAUGGACUUCAAGUACCCUUAGUGCUCAAAAACUCCUUAAACCCCUUUUUUGUGUGUGUUUUUUCUUCUUUGAGAAUCUUAGCAUGUUUUGGAAGGAUUUGGGGGAUGAUAUAUUUCCCUCUACCAGACUGAGAUGCACCAAGCUCACUUGAUCUGAAUGGUCGACUGGAAGAGUUCUAACCAUGAGUUGGACACAAAUUAUACAUGUACUAUGUGUAAUACUGGCAUAUAUCUGAAAAAUCACAAUUAUUGUUAUAUUUUUCGUAUUUCACUUACAAAAAUUAAUUUUGUAAUUGUAACAAACAUCUAUGCUUAGGAGAAAUAUUUUUCGGCACAUUUUCAUUAUACCACAAUUUUCUGAAAAGUUGUGGACUUUGGUUAAUGGAAUGUUGAGUUUUUGAUAUCAAUGUUUAGAGUACUAGAAUAAGGUAGUAAUGUGAUGCGAACCUUGUGAAACAUCAAAAACAAUCUCUACUUCAUCAACUUUUAAGAUUUGUUCUCAAGUACAGAGAAUCCCUUUAAAUUUUGUCAGUGAUACAUAAUAUUUUCAGCUUUAUUGGCUGUAUUUUUAUAAUAUCAGUACAAAAUGCAUGCACCUUUCCUCUUUAUAGGUCAUAAAAAUUUACUUUCUAGUUAUCAUCCAUGAAAACAUUUAAUUUAAAAACUACUGGAGGACGAAGUUUUCCUUGUGUAUAAAGAGAAACACAUACCUAAAACAAAUAUGACACGAGUGAGAGCAUAGAGAGCUCAAGACUCCUAAGAGCUGAGCUAUAUCUCAUUGGACUCACAGGAUCGUAUUGAGAGGCACUUCAGCAGGAAAUCUAUGAAGAAACGGUUCAAAGCAUGUGCUGUUCAUAGCACCCAGAUGCGAGGUCUUCCUGGUUCAUGUUAUUGGACUAAUUGGGUGAAUCACAGGUUGCAGGAUAAAUGGAAUGUUGUAUAGGCUACAGCUGUAGUCAUACUAAAAUAUGUGAUAUGCCACUUGACAGGUGUAUUCUUUUUAAAUUUGGUUUUAUUAUUUAAUUACCUUCACUUGUGUAUUGUGCUGUAAAUAUUAUGUUUAUGCAUGUUUCCAUCUAGAGUAUGUUUGAAGAAACUGGUCUGGGACCAAUAUUUACAACCUGUAACAUGUUAGUGAUCUUGAUUCACCACUCAGUAAGAAAGUUAUAUUGAUUUACCAAUUGCGUGCAUCUAUUGCUUAUUUAGUGUACUAAAAAAACAAAAUUAGAUUUUUAUAUUUCUGAGCUAUAUUACAGACACAUCUCAUUAUGUACAAAUCACUGUUGAAUUAAUGUUCGGAAGGGUAAUUUUACAGUAUGAAAGCUGUCAAGAUCAGUAGUGAGUGUUGUGAAAUUUUCAGUAUUAUCAUUAAACCUUAUACACAUACUUCUAGAGAAAUGGCAAAUUCUGAAGCCAGAUAAGCAGUACAUCAGAACCAGACUACUUUUGCUUCAAUACAACAAACAUUUCUGAAAAGACUAACUUAAAUUUCCAGUUACAUUAAAAAAGGGGGUUUAUGUUGAUUACCUAUAAUUUAGUUAAUGGCAAUUUAUAUACUUCAAAAAUGUUUUCGUGUAUACCAUUCUUUUGAGUAUAAAAAAAUAGAAGUAUUGAUUUUGCAGAUUUCUACAUUGAAGAUUGACAACCAAAUGAAUUCUUAUGAUUCAGAUAACCGACUUUAAAUUCUUCCACAUGUGUCACAUUUGCCCUAAGAUGUAUUACGAAAAAUGCACUACACCCUCUUUCUUUGCUUCAAUUAAUUUGGAUGUAGGUGCACUGUAGAUAGACUUGCUACUUCAUCUUUUGUUUUAGAUUUGCUGCUCUUUUGAUAUCCUGAUUUUCCUGGAAAUAAUGGGUUUUGGUGGGAUAGGUAUUUUGGAUGUGCCUUGUAAAUAUUGUUUCACUGGUUAUUCUUUAGUAGUAUGAUUCAUCAGGGGUGGAUACAGAGAUGAAUUUUGGGAGGGGAAGUUUUUCUUUUAAUUCAAUAUGUUUUGGUUGAAUAUGUUAUAUUACAGAUUAUGUAGACUGAUGCAGGUUAAACUCAGCUCAUGCUGCAAUACAAUUUUAUUCAUCUGAAUGUUUGUACGAAAAUAUUUUUUGCUUGAAAGUUUCAUGACUAUUGUACUAUUCAUAACUUGUUACUGAAAAAUUUGGGGAGAAGAAAUUUCCCUCAUUUCCCUCCCCAUGGAGCUGUGCCUGGAUUCAUUGUGAUGAAGUAAUUUCCAAUGCAUAUUGAGCAAACAUGGAAAAAUGAAUUUCCCAUCACUCUCUUGUUGACAGAAACUGAAAUUAACAAGUGUACAUUUCAUAUUAAGCAAUAUUGCUAGGUUUCAUGAAUUUGAUACUAAUUUUUGUAGUCCCAGAUAGAUUUUCAGAUUAUAUUAAACCUGUUAGAUUCACUUUGGAAAUCAUGUUGUACAUUAGGCAAUCAAAAUUUAAAACAUAAGUAGUGAGUGAUGAAAAAUUUCCACUAGGGAAUGAUUUCAAUAUUCCAUUACAAUUCAGCGUGAAAAAAAAUGCAGUAAGAAUUAUAGAAAUGUUUUAUUAUACAAAAUAUUUAUAUUAUAGUUUUACAAUAUUUACAUUACCAAAAAGAUUUAUAUGUAUAUUUGUAUGAAAAUAAAGUACAACCAUUCGUUUAUAGCCCAUGCUGAUAUCCUUCACACUUUUGUACAAAUACUGUUUUGGAAACAAUGUAUUUGGAGAAAAAGUUAUAAUCCCUGUGGUACCAUCCAUAUCGAGGUAUUCUUAUAUCAACAAUAUUUUUUCUCAGGCUAUGUUCACUGCAUUUUCCUGCAAUCUUGUACAUAUGAAUGGGUGAAAACCAUAAGUGAUGUUUUAAAAAUUCAGAGAAAUCUGUUUUAGUCAAUAUUACUAUGAAGUCAUGGUGCUUUGUUUCUUCAUUAAAAUCACAGCAUUUCAAUUGUUCAUUAAAACCAUGAAAAUACAUUUCCACUGAAAUAUAGCCUAAAUUAAAUAAGUUUUUCUCACAAUUUAUAAAAUGUCACUUAUAUCGUUAUGGUUUUUCACCCGUUCAUAUACUACAUACAAAUGACGAGUUGGCAUUCACAGCCAUUCAAAAUAUGCACAAAUACUUCACAGGGCAAAAAAUAUUAUAUAAUGUUUGUUUGCCUCUAUUAUAUAAUACUGACAAUAAAUGAUAUAUAGGCCUAUAAAAUAUCACAAUACUAUAUUUCCAGAAGACAAACUGAAAAUAUUAGCUUCAUGUAUGCCUCUUAAUACCUGAACUUCCCUGACGCAAAAUAUAUAUUUUAUGUUACAUAUACCAUAUUUCUUAUAAAUAAAACACAAAACUAAUAAAAAUACAUAAUUAUUCACACACAGGUCCUGGUGUAUCAUCACAGUCAAUGAUCUCACAUAAGCUUACCACACUGAAAUGACUUUGCUAUUGCAUACCACCUCCAUUAAUAAGUUUACCAUUUACUUCACAUUACAAGAUCAUAAAGACCAGUAACACUUAAAAAAAAUACAAUUGUCUCAGAUUGAAUGAACAAUGAUUUCCAGUAUAUUGCUUGUUUAUUUUUGUCCAUUUUGAGUACUCUUGCAAGUCAGUAUUGAUAAUUUACACUCCAGAAGAAAUAUUCUUGAUUCUUAACUUCUAGGGAUGACUACAAGAACAAAUAAUGGAAGCAUUAUUUAAAAUCAAACAAACUUAAAGGCCACAAAUUUCAUGGGUGAGGGAACAUAUUGAUUGCUCCUGUUCCAAACUAUGUGCCUGGUGCAGUGCCUUUACAAUAAUCCAUGCAAAGUAUCAAAUAUUAACUAAUAGUGACAAUUUUAGGUAAAGUGUUAAUGAUAUUAGCACAAAUUUAUAAAUUCACUAUAAAGAAUUAUGCUCAAUAAUUCAAUUUGAUUUGCAAAUGUGCCAUUGGAGAUAAAGUAUUUUUAAUUCUUGAUCAGAUGAACUUAUUGACAUACGGUGACAAGAGCUCUCUAACAAUAAUUGAUAAUAAUAUCUGUUUAAUAAAUCAAUUGUUCAUUUAUAUGUAAAAACAAUGUGUAAUAUUUGCAAUUCCAGAUAAUGCAAUAUUUUUCAACACAAGGAGGCCAUUGUUAAAAUGUUAAUACACAUAGAAUUCAGCACAAAGAAUUUUUUUAAUUUCUACUUUCAUUUCUUGAGUUUAUCAACUCAUAUACUCACAUGCCUAUUGCCCCCUAAAUGGGGUGCAGUCAACUUCAACGACCCCCCCCCCCCCCCUUUUCAUAUUUCAAAUGUAUACCGCAAAUUUUAUUUUGUCAAACUCAUACAUUCUAAACAAAACAUAAGUUAUUUUGGAAUUCCUGAAAGCUUUAGAGAUUGCUAAAGAAUUGUAUGCUUCUGUACUUGAGAUUUGUAGUAAGGUCUAAGAAAAGGCCAGACAGUCAAUUUGGGCUUCGAUUUUUUUAUGAAAAUACUUUUUUCUCUCCCUAAAUUCUGGCCUACUGUUAAUUCAUACCACAAACCAACUAUUAUUACGGAGAUAAGUAAGUAUUUAUGAAUAAGUUUUUCCAAUUCAACUUAUUACACUUAUCUAUUUCUAUCACAUUUUUUGAAAUGUGAAAAAAAUGUUUUGACCUUUUUGAAGUUCAUACUGUUUACACAGUGAAAAUUUUGUAUUAAACUAAACCAUAUCAAAAGGCAAGAUGUGAAUAAGGGUAAAUGUUUCCUUCUAAACUCUCCUUGCCAUUCUUCAGCUCCCUUAAUUCAAGAACAUACUUGCAUGUACAUAAUUUGCAAUUCAUUUAUCAAUUUCCUAAAAUUAUAAGUGAAUUGAACAAUGUUGAAUAGAAUUUGAAACUACAAGAAAUAUCUCUUUUAUAAAUCAAACUUUGUUAAAGCUCUGUAAAAUCUGUCUAAUGUGUAUCAUUUGGCUAAAAUGGCACCUACCCUUACUCUCAUCUUGUUUGCAGAAUGCCGGAAGGGUAUUAAAAUUCAGCCCUGUGAGUCUACGACAGAUUUUAUUGUUUUAUGUACAUUUUAUUUUUGUUUUAGGUGAUGAAUAAUCAUAACAAGAAAAAACUAUUUUAAAUAUUAGCCAGAAUUAAAUUGAAAAAUAGAUGAUGUGAACAUAUCCAUAACUUUUCCCUAUCUCAAUGCAAAACAGGAUUUGAAAACCGAAAAAUUUCUUAUUGUACAAAAUAAAUCAAAAUUUUAAAGCAAAAAACUUGAAUGCAAAUGAACAAUACUUAUUUCUUGUGAUUUUGUAGUUUCAAUUCCCUUCCCAAACACAGUUCAAUAAAAGAAGUUUAUAUGUUAGAAAAGAAAACAGAAAUUUGCUGUAUGCAAUAUUUAUGAAUCUUGCUUAUUAAAACUUAUUGGUGUUCUGUGGUUAGAGCAACAUUCAAAAGAGUUGCCAACCAGACAAUAAAUUUAAGCAAAUGUAUUUUAAGUUUAAUACAACCUUUAUAUAUAGCUACAUAAAGCAAUUGAUAAACCUACAUUCAUAGCUUUGAACACUAACAAAACUACUUACAAAGAGCUUUUGCUAAAUUUGAGAAAUUUUGAUAUCAAGUUAGCUACUCUUUCUGGAUGAUCAAGAUGAACAUCGUGAUUCCCUUUUACUACAUGACUUGUAAAAUUAUAUUUCCUUUUGUAAACAGAAAUAAUAUUUUUGAAAAAUGGCAUCUUGAAAAACGGGGCCGAUUCACUAGCGAUUAUUAAUAACUGAGGACACUGAAUUUUUGCAAGAGUACUAAUUUGAGUUUUUGCAUCUACAUUUGCCCAUAAUGUUAACUUUAGCCUCUGAUCUGUUGAAUAACUAUAUCCCUCAUCAUUUCUAAUAAGAGAACGUUUCACUAACGUUUCAGCACUUUCAUAAGAUAGGUUUGAAAACCUAUUUUGUGUUAAUCUGGUUACAGCUUCAUUAUAUGAAUAUUUAGGUGCAGCUCGUUCCUGCAUACGCUGCUCUAAAUCACAUAAACCUUUAUUGAGAGUUCUAUGCUUUUCCCAAAAUUGUUCUGUUGGUAUACAGAAUGGUCCAACAGCAUCAAGCAUAAUUAAUUUUGCAACAACCUCUGGAAAAAUUACUGAAAAAUAUGUUCCCAACUGAGCUCCUAAGCUAUGUGCCAUAUACGCAACCUUUUUCCACUCAAAAUAGUCUACUACCCUUUUUAACACUAGUACAUAAUCAAAGAAAUCUAGUACAAGUCCUGAAGGAAAAUGAGAUGAAAACCCAUGGCCAGGAAGAUCUACACACACAUAGAAGAAAGAUGAUGGCAAAAGUGGUAUAAGAUGGUCGAAUGUGUUGGCAUUGUCUUGAAUUCCAUGAACACACAAUACAGGCCAAUCCUUAGGAUUUCCUUUCGAUUUAGCUGAAA